AUGGCGCAAUCCACAGUCACUGUGCCUAGAGCUAGAGAUGAUCAAGUUCAUCUGCAAGGACGUCUGAAGCCUCCCUCACUGAAAGUCAAACUGAAAGCUACGCAAGGACUAUUCAAUACAAUUGUUGAAACAUCUGAAGGCAUGUUAAAUGGAGUAGGUAAAAAUGAAUUGACUAUAACAAGCCCAAGUUUGGAAAUCAUCAAUAGUAUACUCAAACAUGUCACAUAUACAAGCAUAAAGUACCAAAUUGAUGCUGCUGAUUUAGUAUAUUUUCAAUUUGAAGAACAUACUGCUGUUUUUCCAAUCAUCAUCAGACAGCCCCCAAUGCCAAGGCUAUUUGAUCCUGGACCAGACAACAGCAUCAACUCAUUGGUUACGAUUGUGACAAAGACAUUCUUAAGAUAUCAUAAGCUUCGGAUCUUAAUCAGUAGCAUACGGAACUUUUAUCCAGAAAUAACAAUAAUCAUUGCGGAUGACAGUGAAACUCCUGAGAAAAUUGAAGGACCUCACAUCGAACAAUACAUGAUGCCGUUUGCAAAAGGGUGGUUUGCUGGGAGAAACCUAGCAGCUUCUCAGGUCACAACGAAAUACCUUCUGUGGGUGGAUGAGGACUUUUUAUUCACGGAGGAAACAAAGCUAGAAAAGUUGGUUGAUGUGUUGGAAAAAACAAACUUGGAUGUGGUUGGAGCCUCUGUGAGUGGAAGUCGAUUUCAAUUCAAGCUGUGGUAUGAGAAAGGAAAUGAUGAUGGGGAUUGCUUGUUUUCCCAGUUUGGCAGUUUUCAUGCACUGGAUGGGUUUCCACAUUGUGUAGUUACCAGUCUUGUGGUGAACUUCUUUCUGGCCAGGACACAAAAGGUAUGGAGUGUUGGAUUUGACCCACGAUUGUCAAGGGUAGCUCACCCAGAAUUUUUCAUUGAUGGCCUCGGUAGUUUACUUGUGGGAUCAUGUACUGACGUCCGCAUUGGUCACCAGAAGAAAGUAAAACAAACACAGGAAUCACUGAAGAAUGUUGAAAGGAGAUAUGCAACUUUUAGACAUGCAAAUAAGCGUCAAUUCAAAUCUCGUCUUGCUUUGGUUCACUUCAAAAAUUGGCUUAAAUGUUACGCCCAAUACAAACACUGA